CUAACUUUACAUAAAAAGUUAUGUUAGCACCAUUACUAUGUAUUUUUUAUUCUAAAAUGUAAACUUAUGGUGUUAAACACAUGGUUUAAAAUAUUAAAACAUUUAUAGAGGUAUUGUUAAAGCGUCAUAAAUUUACAUUGAAAGAAUAAAGACAUGUUCAUGGUACUAAUAUUACUUUUUAUACUCCCUUCGUAUUUAAAAGUGUGUUACGCUUUCCUAUUUGGGAUGUAUUUAAAAGUUUGCUACACUUUCCGUUUUAGGUAAGUUUUAUGGAGUAUCUUUUAAAAAUACCCAACUAUCCUUACUUUUUCUAUUUUUUAUCUUCUCUUUCCUACUUUUUCACCUUCUCUCCUACUUUUGCAGUAACUCGUCCAGAUAUUGCCUAUUCUGUGAGUGUAGUGAGUCAAUACAUGUCAUCUCCAACCAUUAAUCAUUGGGCUGCAGUAGAACACAUAUUAUGUUACUUAAAAGGUGCACCAGGACGAGGUAUUGUUUAUCAAAACCAUGAUCACAUGAGAAUAGAAUGUUUUGUAGAUGCUGAUUGGGUCGGUUCUAAAGAUGAUCGAAGAUCUACAUCUGGUUAUUGUGUCUUUGUUGGUGGUAAUCUUGUAUCUUGGAAGAGUAAGAAGCAGAAUGUGGUUUCUCGUUCGAGUGCCGAAUCAGAAUAUCGAGCUAUGGCACAAUCUGCAUGUGAGAUCAUAUGGAUAAGCCAUUUAUUGACCGAGCUCGGACUGAAGAUAUCAGUGCCUGCUAAAUUGUGGUGUGAUAACCAAGCUGCUAUACACAUAGCAAACAAUCAUGUAUUUCAUGAGAGAACAAAGCAUAUUGAGGUCGUUUGUCAUUUUAUUCGAGAGAAGAUACAAAAAGGAUUGAUCUCUACAGGAUAUGUGAAGACUGGGGAACAACUUGGAGAUUUGUUCACUAAAGCACUAAAUGGAAUUCGAGUUGGUUAUUUAUGUAACAAGUUGGGCAUGAUAAAUAUCUAUGCUCCAACUUGAGGGGGAGUGUGAAAGUAUAUUAGAAUAUACUUUAGAAUAUGCUUUAGAAUAUAUUAGGAAUAUGCCAUAUAUAGUAUUAUUGUAUAGCAUCUUUUAUAGGAAUAUUCUAUCUUUGUAAUCUAUAUUUAUAGGGCUUUACCCUUCAAUGAAAUACACAGAAAAUCAUUCUCUCCAUCUUAAAUAUUAUUCUAGUUUAUAUUUCAACACUUUUUAUUAGAACUGCCUCAAUUCAAAGUUUUUUAGGUGCGUGCGGCGCUUUCUAAUGAAUAAGCGCCACACGCUGUGUUAAGGCCAAGUGGUCUGCGGAAAUAGCAGAGGCUUGGGGAGUGAGGGAAGCUAUACGCUGGGCUUGUGGGAAUCGGUGGACAAAUUUGGUGAUUGAGACAAAUGCAGCGUUGAUAAUAGCUUGGAUCCAAGGCAAGUCAUAUGCAGCCCAAAUUGGGGUUAUUUAUGACGACAUUAAGGUGCUAUUGAGAGCGAAUCCGGAUAUUCACGUAAAGUCGUGUCGAAGAGAGGCGAAUAAAGUAGCUCAUACCUUUGCUCGUCAUGCUAUCUUUACGAGUGCUAGUGAUGUUAUUUUCAAUUUGCCUCCGAAUUAUGUUGUAAGCCAUUUGGCAAAUGAUUUAAUUUUAUAAGAAGGGUUGUUUUCUUUCAAAAAUAAAAAUGAAUAAGCGCCACAAUGAAAUUAAAUACGUAGUAUUAUUUAAAGAUAAAUUAGAAAAUGGCUUAAGUGAUAUCCUUCUAUGCUGAC